AGUGGCGGCAUAAUGCUUUUAUUUAUUUUUGAUUCGCAAUUGCAUAGCCCAGUGGCGAAUAAAUCCGGUUUUUUGUGAUAAAAAUAAAUUUAAAAUUCUCCAAAAUACAUUCCAACAUGGAGCAAGCCAUUUGUCGGGCAUGUGGCACGCAAUUGUCCUCAGACGUUAGCUGCGAAGCGCUUGAGAAAUACCUCGCAAUUUACUCACAGCUGACGGCAAUACAGUUGAAGGACGAGAUGGACCUGCGGGAAAUGAAAAUAUGCAUGCCCUGCGCGGACAAGCUGCAGGAUUUCGAUCAGUUCCGGAAACUGUGCCAGCAGGUUCACUGGAAGUUGCACAAUGUGAAAGUGAAAGAAGAGUUGGACAUUGAUCAGGUCAUGUUCCACGUCGAGACGGAACUGGCCGAUGGUCUGAAAUCAGAAUCGAGUGCAUCGUUUGGCGACGACGAAAAGUACGAUGAUUUUGAAGCCGAAGACGAGGAAGAGAUCGAUGACGAGGACAAUAAACCACUUACAGUGCUGUUUAAGAAAGAAAUGAAAGCUGAGGAGGAUGAGGAGUUUGCUGCGUCCCCUAAGACGAAGAAGAAGAAAAAGAAACGUGCCAAGUAUGGCAGUGCCAAAAACCAGAAACCAAAGUCUCCGAUUCCGAUCUACAGCUGCGACCGUUGCCCGAAGAAGUUUAGGGUCAUACUGAGAAUGGAAGCGCACAAGAGGACACACGACGGGUUGAAACCGUUCGAGUGUGAACUUUGCGGCAAGGACUUCUGGAAAUGGAACAACCUGAAAACGCAUCGAAUUCAGAAACACUCGAAUGAUAAAAUUUCGAUCCCGUGCGGAUUCGAGGGUUGUGAUCUAACGUUUGCCACCCGGCAGGGCCAGAAAAGGCACUACCUUAGAACGCACGAUCCCACCUACGUGAUACCGGAGCAGACGGCUUUCGUGUGCGACACGUGCGGGAAGACGUUCACCACCAAUGGGGCCCUGAAGAAGCACAAAUUCAUUCACGCGCCGAACGAAAUGCCCUUCGUGUGUGGAAUCUGCGCCAAGAAGUUCCCAACGUCGCACAAGCUGAAGGAGCAUACGAUGCGGCACCAGGGCAUCAGGAACCACACGUGUUCGUUCUGUGGGCUGCGGAAGACCACCAUGCAUGAGCUGAAGGCGCACAUCAAUACGGUGCACUCGAAGUCGAAGACGUACCCGUGCGACAUCUGUGCGUCUGAGUUCACCAAUAUCGGCAACCUCAACCGACACGUGCGGAUCGUUCACCUCGGCAUGAAACCUUACGUGUGCCACGUUUGUGAUCGAGCCUUCGGCAAGGGUGACCAUCUGAAGCGCCACAUGAAGAGCCACAAUCUGCCACCGUCGGCGGCCUUUCCUCCACCGAGAAUUCCCCGAUUCCCACCGGUCUACGCCGAUCCGGAGCAAGAAGGCUUGACUACUGUCGAGCCAGCAGUACUACAAUCGCCAGUCGACCAAAUCAAACCCGAAGCUUUCGCUUCCGCACAAUCCUAGAGUGGGGGAAGGCAAUCUUUCCGUGCUACAGUUGAUGAAAGUUUUCGAAAAAAUUGUACAGUAUAGGAAAAUAAAGUGUACUAAAGCAAUUA